ACGAGUGCGCAGAAGACUCUUCAAGAUGGCCAGAAAACGAGAUGUCUUGUAGCUUUAGUAAGCCAGGAGAGAUGCAAUGCAAUCUUGCACUGCACAGUGUCCAGCUGACAAGCAAUGAAGUCAUGCACUUAAAUUUGACUCAGCUUUUUUGAACUUGAGCCCCCUUCCUCCUUUCUAAAGCCAGGCCACCAUCCUCCUCUUUCUCUCUCUUGCCACUUCCCAACACUCCACACUUCACUCAAACAGUACACAAAACCUGCAAAUCUCUCUCUCUCUCUCUCUCUCUCUCUCUCUCAUAUAAGUUUGUACUGUCAUAACCCAGUGACCUUAUCCUACAGAUAUGCAGCCAAGCAAACACCAUCACAAAACCACAAAGUAACUAGCACUAUUUUGUGCUGCCCCAUCACUACAACCAACAAUAACUUAGCUCCAUUCUCAUUCAACCUUAAACCCAAAAAAAAAAAAAAAAAAAAAAAUCAGAAAACCCAAAAACCCAGAAGCUUAAAAAAAAAAAAACCAGUUCAGAGCCUGAGAUUCUCUUUACACAUGUAUUCCAUUCGAUUCCAUGAGUUGUUGGGUCGUCUUGAAGUUGAAGCUGAAGCUGAACUCUGUUAAUAAAUUAUUUAUUUAAUUGGGUUGCGAUUGGAUUUGUGAAUGGGGUGCAUGUUCUCUCACCUGGCUGCCAAAUUUGCCUUCUUUCCUCCAUCUCCACCGACCUACAAGAUCCAGAAGCGCGACCACGACGGCAAGCUCACCGUCGUCGCCUCCGCCUCCACAACGACGUCUUUGCCUGUUCCUCACGCCGAUGACCGUUCCUUGGACGUCUUGCUCAUUGACACAAAACUCGGCAACAAGAUCGUUGCUUUUUAUCUCAGAAACCCUUAUGCUCGCCUCACUCUGCUUUACUCUCAUGGCAAUGCUGCUGACCUUGGUCAGCUCUAUGACCUCUUUCUCCAGCUCAAGCUCACUCUCAGAGUCAAUCUCAUUGGGUACGACUAUUCUGGAUAUGGAGCCUCAACUGGCAAGCCUAGUGAAGAGAAUACAUAUGCUGACAUAGAGGCAGUAUAUGAGUGCCUUGAGACUGAGUAUGGAGUUAGCCAGGAAGAUUUAAUCUUGUAUGGGCAGUCAGUUGGAAGUGGACCGACACUGCAUUUGGCGGCUAAGUUGCCAAGGCUGAGGGGUGUAGUUCUGCACAGCGCAAUUCUUUCUGGUCUUCGUGUGCUGUGCCAUGUGAAAUUCACAUUCUGCUUUGACAUUUAUAAGAACAUCAAUAAAAUUAAGAAGGUGAAGUGCCCUGUGCUAGUAAUACAUGGUACAGAAGAUGAUAUUGUGAAUUGGUUACAUGGCGAUGCACUGUGGAAAAUGGCAAGGGAUGCGUAUGAGCCUUUGUGGAUUAAAGGAGGUGGACACUGCAACCUGGAGCUUUACCCUGAUUACAUCCGCCAUCUUUGCAGGUUUAUCCAAGAAAUGGAGAACAUAACCACAGAAAUUCGUUUAAGAAAGAUUUGGCAAAAUAUGCGUACGCAGAAGAGAUCAAGUGCAAGUUGUGCAAAGUGCUGUAGAAUUAAACUCUGCUUACCCAAGUGCCCUGAAUGUAGAAGACCAAAGUGUGUAAAAUGUUGUUCAUGGCAGCUAAAAUGCCCUGCAUGCUGGAAGCCUGGCUGUGUAAAAUGUUCCUGGCGACCAAAAUGCUUAAAAGGUGCCGAACCAAGCCGCUGCAUUAGAUGUUUUCACUGGCGGUGCUGCAUAGGAACACACAGCGGAUUAAACGGGAAGCAGGAUGGCUGAUGGUAACAAUGUGCUUGUAUAGGUUUCUGAUCUGCUAACACCCUUUCUCUUGUGCAUUAGUGUUGGAGAAACAGGAGGAACUAGUUGUCUGAUGGGUUUUACUAAUACAUACAAUUGAUUAGUCUCUUGAUACUGCUCCGUUUGCGUUUUUGAUGCUCAGAUAUUAUAUGGACUUUUUUGGUUUC